GAUCUCCGCUGAGGGAGGAGGAGGAGGAGGAGGAGGAGGAGGAAGGAGGAGGCGCCACCGCCGCUCCCCCCCGGGCCGGCGCCGGGGAUGGUGUUGGCCGCGGCAGCCGGGCCCUGACGCCGCGCUCAGGUGGGAAGCAGCAGUAAUGCUAACGCUGGCAAGCAAGCUGAAGCGGGAUGAUGGUGUCAGAGGCCCCCGUGCGUCCAACCCAGCGUCUGACUCCACUCGCAGGGUGUCUGUCCGGGACAAGCUACUCGUUAAAGGUGAAAGAAUAUCUUAAGAUAUGUUGGGAUUUACUGUUUUCAGAGGUUGCAGACCUUGAAGCUAAUUUACCUUGUACAUGUAAAGUGAAUUUUCCUGACCCAAACAAGCUCCAUUACUUUCAACUAACUGUAACCCCAGAUGAGGGCUAUUACCAAGGGGGAAAGUUUCAGUUUGAAACUGAAGUUCCUGAUGCCUACAAUAUGGUGCCUCCAAAGGUAAAAUGUUUGACAAGAAUCUGGCACCCAAACAUUACAGAGACAGGAGAAAUCUGCCUAAGUUUAUUGAGAGAACACUCAAUUGAUGGCACUGGCUGGGCCCCAACUAGAACCUUAAAGGAUAUUGUCUGGGGGUUAAACUCUUUAUUUACUGAUCUUUUGAAUUUUGACGAUCCUUUGAAUAUUGAGGCUGCAGAGCAUCAUUUGCGUGACAAGGAGGACUUUCGGAAUAAAGUUGAAGAUUACAUUAAGCGCUACGCGAGAUGAUGAAGGGAGAUGGAUGGCAGCAGCACAGCUCCACUCCAGGGUUAUCCUUACUUCAACAGCAGCCAAACCAGCCCGGAUUGUACCAGUCCUGUGUUCAUGUUGUACUGAAGAAGAAAACUAACUUCAUAACCUGUUCAUGUUCAAAGGAGAGUUCAGCAUAAAUACAGCGAGAAAUUGUGUCUGUUGGUUGAAAAAGUUGUCUGCUUCCUUUUACAAAUGUUUACUCUUCUGAACUGUACUGUAUAUCCUGUUGAUGAGAUAUGCUUGAGAAGUUAAAAGAAAUCACUAUUGAAAUUGUAAUUACACUUUUUUUUUUUUUUUUUUUUUAAACUCUUGCCUAAUCUGGAGGGGGGAAGGAAAAAGAAAAACAAACCCAAAAAUGCCAAGCAGAAAAGGUGGCGUGUUUUUUGGAACACUUUGAGUUGGCAAUAAAUGGUCUCCUGUGAACCAAAUCACAAAACUGUUGCCUUUGAUGAGCAAAAACAAUAUGAGCUUUUUCUAAGAGUCACUCAGCUGAGGCUUAGAGCUUGCCAGAGUAGAAGUGCAAAAUGAGAUUCUACUUCUGGUAUUGAAAUUCUGAAUGCUAUUUAAUGUAAGUAUGUUUGUGUCACAGUUUGGAAUUUUUACAUUGUUAAUUUUGGGGCCUGUUUGGGCUACAGUAUUUGGUUUUGGUUUUUUUUUUUUUUUUUUGUUCGUUGUGUGAAGUAGUUGAAAGAAAUACAAGCUAAUAUGUAACUUAAGUACAUGUUUAGUAUUAGUAAAAUUAUAUAUAUAUAUAUAAUAUAUAUAUUUCUGUGAAAAAAUUAAUGAAAAGAAGAUCUUUUCUUUUAAAGAAAUCUGCCUUUGGCUUUCCAGUGUGGAUGUGGUGAGGGAGCAUCAGAUGCUGUUUGAUCUAAAGAAGGUAAAUUUAGGCAUAGGCAGCAUUACCUGGAGAGCACCUAAUUGUGUUCUCCAGAUUCCUGCACUGAAAGGGAAUGACACAGCUGGAACCACAACACAUUUCCCCCCACUUGGGCACACCUGUCUUUCUGGAUUUGGAAGGAUGUGAUGUUGCAAUUGCCUUUUCUGUCAGGAGCUGGAUGGCACUGAGAGCCUGCAGAGGAGAGCGGCACGUACCUCAGGAGCAGCUUCAGUCCGCGUGCCAGAGCUCCCUGGGCAUCCUCCAGGGUCAGAGGAGCUUUUAUAAACCAGAGAAAUAUAAAUGCAUGUGUGGCUUCACACAGAGCAAGUGUGUGUGUGACCCUCGGGCGUUGACUGUUGGGGUUUUAUCCCCCCUUCAUUCUUCCCUGCUGUUCCUCUGCUGCAGGUGCUGGAGGGCAUUAAAAGAAUCUCCAUCACGGGCACAGCAGAGCUGGGGUGCAAACUGUAAGCAUGAAACUUGGUGUUGAGUUUUCCCUGUGCCUUUUCCUUUACAGCUUCACAAGCUCUUGUAGCUGUUGCUGGAGGCCUGGGAAAGCAGGGAGGUGAAAUGCAGGGAUUGGCAUGCAGGAGGAGAGCUUCAGCUGCAGAUAAUACAAGGAAACACAGAUCAGCCCAGUAUUUUCAGCAGGCAACUGCAGUGAGAAAUCUUUGCUGCCAAAACAAUUAUGUCAGCAAAGGUAAGGAGUAAAACACUCACAGACAUAGCAAGGUUGGGAAAUACAUCCAGUUUUUGCUUAUGGCAAUAGAAGGAUUCUCUUUGAGUCGAAAACUCAACCAGGUUGUUGUAACGAAGUAGUUCUUGCUGUAGAGGCACCCUGGUACUGUUAGCACAUUCCAUCCUUCAGGAGGAGGGGUCACAGUCCCCAUUUCUUGGCCUGUCACCAUGGAUGGCUCCCUACUUAGGCCAGAAGCUGCUGCUGCUGUGCCCAGGGCAGAGCAAAGCCAGGGUGCUGCUCGGGGGAGCCAGGGAGUGCUGUGUUGGGGUACCAGCAGCCCUGGGAGCACAGAGCUGCAGCCAUCAAAGCCAUCCCUGCCUCCCAGAACGUUCUUGUUUAAUCCCUUCCUUGUAUUGUUUCUUGCCUGGAGGAACUGAGCAGAACAAUAAAGUUUUUGGAUACUGUUAAA